UUCCAAAGUGAUUGUAAUUUGUCCGUGUGAGAAAAGGAAGAACAGAGAAAAGCCUCCAGUGAAGAACAGCUGGGUCGUAAGAAGGGGGCACGGCCGGGUACUUUUUGUUAUUUUACUUCAUACACAUUUUGUCCGUGUCCCACUUCACUAUCCUGGCGAAAGGUUGAACGGUCAAAAAUGGAGGCGGACAGAUCCGGUGGAGGACCGAACCCGAGCUGCGGCGGCGCUGGGCGCAACCCCAACGGGCCCAGAGCAGCACCGGGCCCGGCCACGGCGGCCGCGGGCCCGGGGAUGGCUGGAGCCGGAGCCGGGGCCGGUCCCGGACCAGGUCCCGGUCCAGGGCUCGGGCUCGGGCUGCAGCCUCGGGACCCGCACGACGGGGACCCGGGUCUGACGCUGCCCGGGAUCCUGCACUUCAUCCAGUACGAGUGGGGACGAUUCCAGGCCGAGAAGUACCGCUGGGAGGCGGAGAGGGACGAACUACGGGCUCAGGUGGCAUUCCUACAAGGUGAGCGUAAAGGGCAAGAGAAUAUGAAACAGGAUCUGGUGAGGCGGAUCAAAAUGCUGGAGUACGCCCUCAAACAAGAGAGGGCUAAGCACCAGAAACUGAAGACUGGAAAUGACCAGAGUCCUGGAGACAAGAAGCCAGAGAUAGAGGCAGAUCAACUUCCCAAUGGGCCAGCUGAGUCAGACUCUGAACCAGCCAAUCAGAUGUCCUGGAAGGAAGGUCGUCAACUAUUACGCAAAUAUCUUGAGGAAGUUGGUUAUUCAGACACUAUCCUGGACAUGCGCUCUAAACGUGUACGCUCGUUGCUGGGACGGAGCAGCCCGGAGGCAAAUGGACCGCCACCUAUCGAAAGCUGUCCUGAGCCAGAGCCUCGAGCAGGUGGAGAGUCCUUGCUGGUCAGACAAAUAGAGGAACAAAUUAAACGGAAUGCCGGCAAGGAGAGCUCUAAGGUAUGCGGUGGCGGGUCAGUGCUGGAUAAGAUCCCCUUCCUUCAUGGCUGCGAGGAUGACGAUGAAGACGACAGUGACGAAGAGGACGACUUCCAAGGCAUGACCACUGACUGCAUCGACAGUCCACGCAAGAACAAAAAGUCUCGUGUAAAGAUGAGUUCGGAGCCCAUGACUACAGACAUGGACCCCGAGGAUGAGGAGGAUGAAGAUGACUCGGAGGAUGCCCUCAGUGAAUUUGACUUUCUUGGCUCAGGGGAGGAUGGGGAGGGGGCGGGAGAGGCCCGGAUCUCGGGGGAUGGACGGGAGUUAGAAAACCACAGGAACAAGUUACAAGGCAUGAUGUCAGACUUCCCCCCUAAACCCACCCCACCACCCUCUGUGUCAGGACAGACUCGCUCUGGAGAAGGUGGUGCCUUGGGUUUUUCCUCUGAUGUCUUCAUUAUGGACGCUGUUGGGGGAGGGGACAUGAACCUUGGCGAAUUAGCUGAUCUCACUGUUGCCAAUGACAACGAUCUCUCCAUAGACAUGCAGGAUAACAGGGAUGACUUCAAAAAGACGUGGAACCCUCGCUUCACACUACGUAGCCACUUCGAUGCCAUCCGGGCUUUGACGUUUCACCCCAGCCAAGCAGUGCUGCUCACAGCCUCCGAGGAUGGUACACUAAAACUGUGGAACCUGAACAAGGCCAUGCACUCUAAAAAGAACGCAGCGUUGGAUGUUGAGCCCAUCUACACGUUCAGGGCGCACAGUGGAGCUGUUCUCUCACUGACCAUGAGUGAGGAUGGAGAGUUCUGCUAUAGUGGAGGUUUGGACGGAACCGUCAGGUGCUGGAAGAUGCCUGACCUUAACGUGGAUCCAUACGAUAACUACGAUCCUGGCAUUGAGAGCAGCGCACUAGCAGGCCACGAGGACAGCGUCUGGGGUCUGACUUACUCAUCCGUUCACCAUCGUCUCGCUUCAUGUUCAGCUGAUGGCACCAUUCGCAUCUGGGACCCGCAGAACUCGUCUCCCUGUGUGUCCGUCUUUAAUAAGGAGAGAGAACACGGGACGGCCACCUCCGUGGCCUUUGUGGCCACUGACCCCAACCAGGUGGUGGUGUCGUUUGACGGCGGUGAAACACUGCUCUAUGACCUGAACACAGAGCAGAGCGUCACUGCGCUAGAGACACGCACAAAAGAUGGCAGUGAGCAGAUUAACCGUGUUGUCAGUCACCCAACUGAGCCCGUCUCCAUCACUGCACAUGAGAACCGCACCAUCUGCUUCCUCGACAACAAGACAGGCAAAGUCGUUCACUCAAUGGUGGCCCACUUGGAUGCGGUCACCUGUCUUACUACGGACCCUAAAGGCACUUACCUCAUCUCUGGCAGCCACGACUGCUCAGUGCGCCUGUGGAUGCUGGACAACAGGACGUGCGUGCAGGAGAUCACCGCCCACAGGAAGAAGCACGAUGAGGCCAUUCAUGACGUGGCUUUCCACUCUUCGCAGCCCUUCAUUGCCAGCGCGGGCGCAGAUGCACUUGCCAAGAUCUUUGUGUGACAGCCUUGUGUUCAUUCUGUCCUCCAACCCCAACUGGGCCAACAAAGACUGAAGACUCCACUGAAAACAUUUCAUCUUCUCCGUACACACACACACACACACACACACACACACACACACACACACACACACACACACACACACACACACACUGGUCCUGCACCCACUGGCUGGGUCACCACCACAGGACGACACCCCCACACGCCGCCACCUUUUCUCAGAUGCCUCACUGAAUUUCUUGUAAUACUAAUCACAUCUUGUAAUGCUUUUUUAUAACUUUAAAAUUCUUGCUGCUCUGUUUUCAACUAAUCAUGUUUGGAGUUACACUUUUCUACACUACAAUAAUCUGUUCUGCCUUUUUGUUUUAGAUUUUUAUUUUGAUCUAUCUGCUAACGGUUCUAACAAAGCACUUUGUGUAUGUUUGUGUGCCUCAGCUUCUGACACACACACACACACACACACACACACACACACACACACACACACACACACACAUCCACAUUUCAGAGGGAAUCAACAAUAAGACACUGCACACGAUGCACAAACACACUGCCACAUAUCAUUUUUUUUAAUUUUCUUAUAAAACAGCUGAGAAAGUGUGCCUGACAACAUUCAGGCAUGAACUAAAACUAAAGUGGUUCUCGGUGUUAACAGAAAUCACCUGACAGUCUCUGCGUUGGGAAUCAAUGUACUACAUUCCAAAGACUCCAGAUAGAGCGUGUGUGCGUGCGUGCGUGCGUGUGUGUGUGGUUUCACAUUUUGCAUCAGAGAAUGUUUAAUGUUGUUGCGUGUGAGGAGACACUAGACAGUGGUUAACCAGUGUUGAACAAAUAGCUUUAAUUUCAAAUUUGACAGUGAGAGAGCUUGUUUGAUGGUGUGUCUGAGUAACGUCCCUGUGUUCCUGCCUCUGUUUAAGUGUGUGUGUGUGUGUGUGUGUGUGUGUGUGUUUGGGAUUAAGUGUCACUUUGCUGUACAGGAUAAGAGAACAAACUUCCACAGUCGUCAUCCAUUUCAAGCCUGACUGCAGCCUGAUGCUCUCGCAUCACUUUAACCAUUUAAAAACGGAGAGCUUCAAGAAAGCAGGCAACAGUGGCCGUGAGUCUGGUCGGUGUGUUUUCAACCAAUGGCACAGAUCGUGUGAUUGGGUGCUCUUUGCUGUACAGUCUCCGUGUGAAUGUAAAUGCACUAGUUCAACCACGGUGCUAUGGAAGACAUCGUCAGUCUUGAGUCAGAAUCAGGGACCAGUUUUGCGUACUGUGUGAGAAAGGGAGAGACGGUGUUUCUCGCUCAUGGCGCUACAGACGUAUGAAUCACUGUUCUAAAUGCCAUUUCAUUUACUGUGAUCACAUUUCAGAAUUAGCCGUCAGUGCUGAUGCUUUGAUUAGAGGGAUGUGAAUAAUGUAGACCUUGAUUGUUUCAGACUUGCCGGGUGUACAGAGGUAACGGUUAUUUUACAGUGAGGGCCUCGCUCACAGAUGACAGAGGAGCUUUUUGGACUUGGGGUGGGUUUUUGAGCUGGUGGGGUUCUGAAAGGCUUCACUUGGACUUGUGUGCUGAGAUGAAAUGCCCUCUUGGUGUUGAGCGUGCAUCAGUUGCACGAUUACCA